AUGGGACUAUCGUUUGUCCAGGCUUUCGGCACAAUUGCGAUCGUUUCCUUCCCUCUAGUCUUCUUGCAUAGGCUACUGUCGCCUUGGGUAGAGCUUCCCCGACUUCCUGAACAAUGGCUUGCCUUCCGGAGUGGCCUGGCUUGGACUCUGUUCAAGGACCGGGUAGGGUUUUCUGAGGAUGUUGUAUUGGAUCAUGAAUAUGGCUUCGCAAUCAUCAGCACGGAUCCCGGUAGGGUCUUUUGGAAUACUCUAUGGGGCCAAAGUCAAAACCCUCGCCCCAAAGGCCGUUUGCUACUCUAUGACUACGCAGGCUCGGGCGGCCUCCAAGAGCUGAAAUUGGUUGGGUUUCCUAGCAGGUUUGACCUGCGCCCCCUUGGACUCAAUUUCUUUCGUGCCGACGGAAGCAAUUGGACCAGGUUGUUUGUGGUCAAUUAUGGCGGCGGAAGAGGAACAGUCGAGAUCAUGGACAUCGACUACGAGCAUGCACAGGCUACUUACGUGACAACGAUAUCAGACGAGAGCCACACAUUAAGAUCCCCCAAUUCAGUUUCACCGGUUUCUUAUACAUCUUUCUAUGUUACGAACGACCACUAUCUGAUUCGGCGAAAACACCCAGUCCUGUCUUUUACAGAGACGAUUCUCGGCCUUCCUCUGGGGUGGGUUACUUUCGUGGAUUUCACUUUUCAAGUAAAACCCACAUGUGCAAUCGCUGCUGGGGGAAUUCCAUUUGCAAAUGGAAUAAUCGUGACGCCGACUGGGAAAGAAGUGUUGGUCGCUUCAAGUAGCACUGACUUCGUGAGAAUAUACGAGCGCGAUCCUGAAACCAACUCACUUUCUGGAGAUUUCAAUAAGGUCUACUUGACUUUUCAUCCCGACAACCUCAGUUUCGAUGGAUCACUAGCCCUCGAUGAUCCAAGUGUUUUUGAUCAAAAAGGCAAGUUUCUCCGCGGGGUCAUCGUGGCGGGGUCUCCAGAUGCUGGUAGACUAUUUUGCAUGGCAAAGGGCCCAUACGGAUGUGUAGCGCCGUCUGUUGUUGCAGAAAUCCGUCGAGGGCACGGUCCAGAUCUCAGUCCAUUUCCAGGGAGUCUUUUCAACCUGCAUAGCAAAUACUAUGCUCGAACUCUUUAUGCUGAUGAUGGAACGAACUAUCCUAGUAGCACAUCUGGUGACAUGGACUCCAGGCGAGGUCGACUUAUUAUUAGCGGACUUUACGCUGAUGGACUACUGGAUAUAACUUGGGAUCCAAGAGAGAACGUUGCUUGA